AUGACAACUCGCCCCAUUCCUAUAGACUUUACCGCCCCCGACGACGGCCCGAGUCCCUCGUCAGGUCCAUCUAAUUGGAGGAAGGUCCGACAUGCAGUCAAAGUCGCAUCUGCGGUGAAGGACAAGGAUAGGCUGUCGGGAGCAGAUACUCUGGCUGUCAGUAGUACGAGUAGCAGUGCUAGUGCUGCAUUCGCUAGAUCUUUAGUAUUGUUUACUGGGUUUCUAUUUAGAAGACCUAGCAAACUAUUCAGACCAAGUCGAGUGGACACAUGGGCAGGUCUUCGUCAACUGGCAAUAUCAUCCGACCAGACCCUCUCACCAUCAUUCAUACGUGAUCUCCUACGUCGCAAGACCGGAUUAAUAGCUAUCACACUGACAAUAUUACCUCCUUUACUGGUAAACACAACGAUGGGGUUCCUGUUAUUUACGAGUCAUUCGUUCUUCUCAUUGUCAUUGGCGAAAUUGUCGUUUUUCCAAAAACCGAAAGAGGUCGGAGUUGAUAAAGCGAGGUAUCAUGCUCCCCUCAAUUCGAAUAGUGAUACUUCCAAAGAAGAAGGGGCGGGAGAGGAAGAAGAGAUUAACCUUGAUACCCUAUUGAGAGGUCCAAGUAUCAUACCCAAUCAUCCUACCUUGUUAUCAGGUAUAGCAGGUGCAGGUGCAGGCUUGGUACAAGGUGCAGCUUUCACUCCUGUUGAGAAUGUAGUCAGAUUCCUUCAUCAAUCCACCACAUCGCUUACUUCCAUGGCAGCUAAAUUCCUCAGUUUACCUAUCCGCAAUGUCCCGAAAGCAUUUGACGCUUCUCAGCCUGCUACGCCUAUACAAGCUAUCAAGAAUCUCUUUGCAAGUGAGACAUGGAGGAAGAGUCAUAGUUGGUGGACAGGUUGGAGAUGGGCUGUUGCAAGAGAUGCUCUAAGCUACAGUUGUUUCUUCGCUGCGUUCGACGUGACUAGACGGGUGGGUCUACGAGUCAAAGCACUAUUCGGCGGAUCGAUCCAAUCUUCAUGGGACAACAUCCUAGUCUUAGAUUUCCCUUCUUCCGAACAACAAUCUUCUUCCUCACAGACAAUCACCCAACAGCCUGUACCCACAAUAGCCAGAGUAGCUCAAGCGACUACCAUCGUCACUGGCGGAGUCUUGGCUUCAAUCUUGGCAGAACUCGUCGGACGACCUUUCAGGGCGUGUCAACGGAUUAUGUCUGUCGACUCGCAGAUGCAGCUAGAAGCUGCUAAGAGGUACAAGGCAGGUGUGGAACCUAUAUUGAUAGGUGGGAAAGGAUUUGGAGGGAAAUGGGAACCCAUCAUCAAGACUUAUAGGCAAAAAGGUCUGAGACCAUUCUUACAGCCUGAUAAACCGCCUGUAUUGUCGACUCAACCUAUAGAACCGAUGGUGCAGAGACAGAGUAAGAUGACGAGAAUGGCGAAGAGAGUUGGAUGGAGGUUGGCUGCUGUUGGACCGUGGGGGUUCGGAUUUCUAGUGUGGGCUUGGGUAGGAGGGGAGGUGUGA